AUGUCGGCUACCAACCAGGAGUUUGCUGACAACUACAUUCACCAUAACUCGGAGCCGCUUGGCCUUCGCCAGGCGCAGGCCGUAGACGCGGGCCACACUGCUCCCGUGCCGCAGCCUACCGCUGAGACUCCUCUUCCUACCGUGGGCUCGGAGCCUUCAGCUACCAACAUGUCGGAUGCUACUCGCUACGCUCCGGAGGCCACCGUCCCGACCCUCACUCACGGUCACGGUGUUACAAACAUGCCUCACCAUAACAUGUCGCCUGAGGCUCAGAGCGCUUUCAACGAGAUUCUCUUCCCUCGCGACUCGUACACUGAAAACGGCACUUACUGGGCUGACCUUCCGCUCGGCGAGAAGUUGCGCUUCAUCAACAAUCAGUCGAACGCCGAGGCUCGUCGUGAGCUCGGUGUGAUUGGCCGUAUGAUCAAGAAGGACCCCUUAAGCGUCAUCCGUGCUUACUUUGGCACCUACGUCAUCAACGGUCUGGGUAUGUUCGUCGAAGGUUACACUCUUUUCUCGGUCGGUAACUUGAAGCCCAUGUUUGCUGCUACCGACCAUGCCGGUCCGAACGGCAAAGGUACCCAUACCAGUCAGUUCUACCGCUGCUGGAACAAGCCUGACCCGAAAAAGGGCGACACCUGGAAGCAGAUUUGUGACAAGAACUGGCAGAACGCUAUCGACUACCUCGAAAUUGUUGGUAUUAUUUGCGGUCAGAUUCUCGUCGGUAUUGAGGGUGACUGGGUCGGCCGUAAGUUCGGUAUGGUCCAGGACGCUCUUAUCAUGACGCUCGGCUCGGUUAUGCUUACGGCUAUGUGGGGUACUACCUUCAACGGCUGGGUCAUUUGCUACGCUUGGUCGCUUUUCAUCUAUGGUCUUGGUGUCGGUGGUGAAUACCCGAUGACUUCGACUCGUGCUAUGGAGUCUCACAGCAACCGUUACUCUGUGACGACUGGUGACCGUAUGCACCGUGGCCGUAACGUGCUUCUUGCUUUCUUGAUGCAGGGUUGGGGUCAGUUCGUUAACCAGACAUUGCUGAUUCUUUUGCUUUUGAUCUUCAACAACUCGCUGAACACACCGAUCAAGCCGGCUGCUGCCCAGUACACGUUCCGUGUGUCGUUUGGUAUUAUUGCUGGUGUGACUCUCUUCCUUGCCUACUACCGUUACUACAAGAUCACCUACUCUGAGAGUGCUCUGCGCGACGCGAAGGAGCGUCUCAACACUUCUGGUUACGACUUGAAGUCGCUGAAGUUGGCUAUGGGUCACUAUUGGCAUCGUCUACUUGCUUCGACGUCCGGCUGGUUCUUCAACGACUUUUUCUUCUACGGUAACAAGAUUUUCUCGGGUGUGUUCAUCAAGCUGAUUACCGGCCCAGGGGGCACUUUCAGCACUACGUGGCUGUACAACCUGAUCAACGUCGGUGUUCAGCUUCCGGGUUACUACAUGGCUGCCCUUCUUGUCGACCACAAGCUGUACGGUCGUAAGUGGAUGCAGGGUAUCUCGUUCGCUGCUACCUUUGCUCUUUUCUGCGCUGCUGCUUUCUCGUACCACACUCUUACUACCACUGGUCCGGGUAACCUGAAGGUGUUCCAGUUCAUCUUCUUCUUCUCGUCGUUUUGGAACCAGUUCGGUUACAACUCUACCACUUUCCUCGUUGCUGCUGAGAUUUUCCCGGCUUCGAUUCGUGCUACUUGCCACGGUUUCUCGGCUGCCUGGGGUAAGCUUGGUGCCUUGGUCCCAACCAUUAUUUACAACUAUAUCGACAACCAGACGAAGUUCUACGUUGUUACUUGGUUCGGUCUGGCUGGUAUUAUUGUCACUUUCGUGUUCCUGCCCGACACCACUGGUCUUGACCUGCGUGAGCAGGAGCGCUACUGGGAAUACGUCAUGAGCGGUCGUCCUGAGGACUACCACGGUGUGGCUGUUCACCCGCGUCACCUGUCGCUCUGGGAGCGUCUUGUGCUCAAGCGGCACUUGGCCUACAACCCGCAGCUCGACGCUCAGCAGAAGACUGAGGAGUUCCACCAGGUGUACAACAGCACCAUGGCAAUUGAGAGCCACGCUGACCACGACCUCACGAUGGAGCAGCGUGACUUCCUGGAAAGCGAGUUCGGUAACAAGUACGUCAAGGACGUCAAGAUGAACCGCCCGAACCAGAUUUACUCUUCGAAGCUCGAGUCGCUUGAGAAGCAGUUGUAA